AUGCAGGCCGAGAGUCUAUCCUUCGACUCGGCGUCGGUCGCCAUCCGAGACGAGAGGUCCGGCCAUGUCGAACGGGUCGAUCUGCCCAUGCGCGCGCUCGCGGGAGGGUACUACGCAAACGUGAUGCGCAUGUAUGACCACCUGGGCAUCCCGUACCAUCCCAUACGCUUCCUUUUUUCCUUCGCCAAGGCGCUGCCGACUCGCAAGCCGGAUGCCGCAGGCGGAGCAACGGGAGAGUACUUUGUGCACGCGUCGAACCUGCACCAAAUCCCCCCUUGGCCGGGGAGCCGCGGGGUGCUGGUGCACCUCAUCGAGAUACUGUACCUGAUUGUCUGCCAGUUCUGGUUCACCCUCGUAUGUUUCCUGGUGCGUCCCGUGACCAAGGGGUCCGACGAGGCGGAGACGCUCGACGAGUACCUGCGGAGGGUCUGGCUGCCGCGUCGCUACGUGACGCACUACCUGCUCCCUCUCCUCAGCGCCGUGUCGACCUGCUCACACGACGAGCUCCUGGCGUUCCCCGCCAGCGACGUCGUGAACUACAAGAAGCUAUCGCAAGGCCAGCAGCACUACACGGUCUGCGGCGGUGUCCAUCAGGUCGAAGGGAGGUUGGCGAGGGAGAUGAGGGACGUUCGGCUGGGCGCUUGGGUUGCGCAAGUGGCGCCGACGACGGACGGGAGGGUGAGGAUACACUGGCAGCGCACGAGGAGUGGCGUCGAGCCUGUCCAGGAAGACGUGUUUGACCGGGUCAUCCUCGCCGUGUCGCCGGACGUCGCCGGCAAGAUCUUCGCUCCCCUGAGGAAGACGCUCGAGCGGAUACCCACGAUCCGGGUGGAGAGCUCGAUUUUACGACCGGCGCAUUCGGCGCCGGACCACGCCCUUAGCCUGGUCGUCGACGGCGAGAGCAGACACCCCAAGGCCUGCUCGCAUCACCGCGGGAACGCCAUCCCGCCGCAGGCGAUCUGUCUGCGUACCGACUUCGCCGCGGAAGGGGGGCGGACAGAGGCACUGCACACGAUGCCGGGAGGAACGGUGGUGAGCACCUGUCCGUUGGACCCGCAGGCCGACGCGAAGAGGGUGCUGCGGACGGCCAGGUUCACGAGGACCCUGAGGACGGCCGAGAGCAGGGCGAUCGUACGGAGGAUCAUGGGCGAGUCGGGCGACCAGGACAAGAAGACGGACCUGGCCGCCGAGGCCGCAACGAUAUGGGUGAACGGCCAAGAUAACGUUUGGUUGACGGGGGCCUGGUGCUGGGAUGGCAUGGUUCUCCUCGAGGGGUGUUUGGUCUCGGCGAUGAGAAUCGCCGAUGAUUUUGGCGUCAAGGUUCCGUGGCGGCCUGGGUAG